AUGGCAGCCGCUUCGAGAAGGAUACGCUUCAGGCUGCCGAGACCAGGACGCUUAGCCCCGUCCAUCGGGGGCAGGAGGUUCAACUCCUGGGAAGGCCCACGUAUCCAGGUUGAGCGCGUGGAUCCCGUGUCCUCGGCCGAGGCUCUUCGCCGGCGUAGAUACGGACCCUCAAGCUGGGACGGGCAGGUUCCUUGGGAACGGGGCUCGAUGAUUGUCCCGGAAGUGCUCGGAGAUGAUGACGUUGAAGCGUUCAUCAAAGGAGAGCUCGACCACUUUGUGCCCAUGCAGCCGCGCCCUGUGAGCAUGCAGGAAGUGCUGGACAUGCUGGAACCGCAGCGGAUCGCCAAGUUUUUGCACGUUGAGGUGCCUAUUCGGAUUGCGGAGCGAAUCAGGUGGAUUCAAGACAUACCGAAUUGGGAGGACAUUAAGGAGCUUAGAGAGAUCCACACUUCGCACAUGAAGGUUUUCAGGGACCUCCGCUUGGUCCAGCGCCGGCCGACACUGGAUGCUUUCACAGCAGUGGUUCAGCAUGCACUACAUGCACAGCAGCCUGUUCGCCACAAGGUGGCCAUUGCCAUGCAUCGCUUGCAUACAGAGCGCGGGGAAGAGUUCGGCAGUGGUUUUACCGAUCCCUGGGCGGACGAUUUUCUUUUGAACUGCAUAGGCACCGAGAUGCUCAUGUCACAGUACUUGGCUUGCGUGACCAUGGAAGAUUCUGGAGUGCUCCAAAGGGGGCAUGCCAUGGCUGGAAUCAUUGACCCGGAUUGUGACGUGGCACAGAUCUGUCGAGACACUGCUAUGAGGGUACAGCAGAUCACCGAGGACAACACUGGUCGCUGCCCUCUCAUCCAGGUAGAAGUGUUCCAGGAGCGCGCAAUUCCCAGGUUUUCAUACAUCCCCGGCUUCCUGCGCUUCAUCAUGACGGAGGUACUGAAAAACAGUUGCCGUGCGACGGCCGAAGUUGCCAAGUCAGAUCGUGAUGUGCAGAAGCGGCCGAUUAAUGUGAUCGUUUGUGCAGACGACCAUGAAGUUGCAAUUCGAGUUAGUGACCGUGCACGAGGAAUUCCUUUCGGGGUGGGACCAAAGGUCUGGUCCUACCUUUACACAACUGCUGGCAAAGGUCCCAGCUAUGGUGAGGGUGCGACAUCGCUAGCAGGAUAUGGCAUAGGUCUUCCACUCUCUCGCCUCUAUGCCCGAUAUCUGGGCGGUUCACUGAACCUGGUUUCCCUGCCCGGAUAUGGCACCAGUGUUGAUUUGUUCCUCAGGCGAGUAAACGCAAAUCAGGUCGAAAUAGCCAAGUAUGCAUUAGAGGAGCGUGGAAAGGUUGUCUUCAUCAAGACUCAUCCGGAAAAGCACUGGAACUGCUAUAUGGUCAUCAAAUCAUGUGGCGCGCUAAGUCUCAAGAUUGUGACAACAUUUCGAAAUGUUUCCCUCGUUGCGUACGGUGCUAUGAUGCUUGGAGAGCCCAUCAAGCCGAAGCAUGUGACAGGAUAUGCUUUGGCCCUUGUCGGCUUCCUGGGCUACACCUACUUCGGAAAUGCGCGUGAGCAACCAAAGUCAGUUGCUGCGUCCGACAAUGGAGUCGAGCGUUCACCUCAUGAAAGGCAAACGAUCUGCCAGGAAGAGAAGCGUGUGUACGCCUGGUUCGAAUUGACAGGAAAAUUGAAUGCUGGGCAUCGUUCGACUCAGUUCGUUCGAUACUUUGGGUGCCUCGUGCGAUGGAUUCUUGGAGAAUGUGUGAAGGUCAGUGGCUUCUUUGUGGCGACUUUGACGCUCUUCACGCUUGUCCCACAGGUUGUGGCAGCUGGAAACAACACCGGAACUGGUUGUGAAUGUGGAGAGGCCGAUGACGUCGAACCGAUCCUUCCGCUGUAUGCCACACUGCCGAUGAUAGCGAUACUGGUCGCUUUGUCCGGCCUCUUCUCCGGCCUCACCUUGGGUCUUAUGGGACUGGACGUGAUCGGCCUUCAGAUCGUUCAGAAGGGUGAGAACAAGGAGAUGGCCAGGUGUGCUGCGAGAAUCGCGCCAAUUCGGGAGUCUGGAAACCAACUUCUGUGCACGCUCCUCUUGGGCAAUGUGGCUGUCAAUUCAGCCUUGUCCAUCUUGACAGCAGACAUUGCCAGUGGCCUCGUUGGUUUUUUCGUCUCUACUGCUUUGAUCGUCACGUUCGGCGAGAUUCUGCCCCAGGCGGCUUGCUCCAGGUAUGCGCUCCAGGUCGGAGCAAGGACAGUUCCCAUUGUACGGUUUCUGAUGAUCCUUUUCUUCGUCAUCACCAAGCCGAUGAGUAUAGCUCUAGAUUGGCUGCUGGGUCAAGAGGUUGGCACUAUCCACAGCCGGACGGAGCUUAUGGAGAUGUUGAAGCUGCAGAUCUCCCUCGGUGCUGUGGAUGCUGAGGAGGGCAAGAUUGCACAGCAGGUCGCUGAAGGUGCUCUCAGCUUUCGUGACAAACAGGUUGGCGACAUAAUGACACCUCUUGAGGAUGCUUACUUCCUCAACAGCGACACGAAGCUUGGAUACGACGCAAUUCGGGAGAUCUUUGAGACCGGAUUUAGUCGAAUUCCAAUCUACGGCAGAGAUAAGCAUGAGUAUCGGGGACUUCUUUACACGAAGGACUUGAUGCUCGCCGACCCUGAAGAUGAGAUGAAGGUGGGUGACUUCAUUCAGAUCUUCGGGAGGAAGGUAGAGACCGUCUUCGAGGAGACGAAAUUGGUGGCAUGUUUGAAUGCCUUCAAGAAGGGUGGCACGCACAUGGCACUGGUGCGCAAGGCACCGGUCAAGGUCAUGAAUUGCCAGGACGUUGACUGA